GAAGCAGAAAUAAAACAACACAUCAACCUUCCCAUGCUAAUCCAAUGGGUCUUGACCUUGUGACUGUUUGUCCCAGCUUUGAAUGACAGCCCAGUCCCAUAUGGUUGGAUAUUUUUAGGUUUGUUUUCAGAAGGGGAAAUAUCUUUUAAAACUAACUUUGAGAAGGGGUUGUUGGGCUUGCUUUGGACCACUGGUUAAUUUGGAAAUGCUUCACAUCACAGAAGAAGGGGACGAAGUUAUUAUGCUUCCAAGAAAGAAAAGUCAAAACGAAGCGUCGACACCAGCCGAGGCACAUGGAAGAUCUGUGAAGAAGAAGACCUCACCACUCUUGAAAAAUCUCAUGCCCUCGUUCAUCCGACAUGGACCCACUAUCCCCAGACGCCCCGAGGUCCGUCUGCCGGAGCCUGGCUCAGCCUAUCCCGUGGGGCCUGUGUUACGCUCUCCCCCUGUGCUGAGGUCACCCCACGAGGCGGCUCUGCGGGAACGCCACCGGAUGUCAGCCCCGCCGUACCUACCUGGAAGCCUGGGGGAUAUAACCCACGAGUACGGAGGCUCCUCACAGUCCUUCCUCACAGACGUGAGCGCCAUGGCUGAGAAUGAGGAUGCUGGGCUCUACUACCACCCCCUGACUCCGGAGCCUUACUCGGACAGCCAGCAGCAGCAGAGAUUGCCUCAGCCACAUCAGCACCCCAGAGCUCCUGACCACUUUCAUGAGGACUAUAGAUACUAUGAACAGAGUGAACAUCAAAGCCUACCACCACGACAACACACUCCCCCGGCCCCCAACAGACCGGCAGCAGGUAUCGGUCGAAUGCAGUCCAAGUCUCUGGGGAACCUGUCCAGUCUGAGCUAUGAGGACCUCUCCCUGACCCGUGGUUGGACGGUAGACUGGACCAUCCGAGGCAGGAAGUACUACAUCGAUCACAACACCAACACCACCCACUGGUCCCACCCCCUGGAGAGAGAGGGUCUGCCCCCUGGCUGGGAGAAGGUGGAGUCGUCUGAGUUUGGACCCUACUACGUGGACCACGUCAACAAGAGGGCUCAGUAUAGACACCCCUGUGCUCCUAGCGUUCUCCAAUAUGACCAGCCCCCUCCCGUUGUAUACCGGCCUCGCCCAGCCGAGCGGAACCAUCCGGUUCUGGUACCAGCCAACCCGUACCACACGGCAGAGAUCCCUGACUGGCUACAGGUGUAUGCCCGCGCCCCACUCAAGUAUGACCACAUCCUGAAGUGGGAGCUGUUCCAGCUGGUGGAUCUGGACACGUACCAGGGCAUGUUGAAGCUGCUCUUCAUGAAGGAACUGGAGCGCAUCGUCAAGUCCUACGAGGCCUACCGUCAGGCCCUGCUGUCUGAGGUGGACCAAAGGAAACCGAGGUAACAGUGGUACACUCAAGGGCCCAGGAGCACUCGGGGCCCAGGAGCACUCGGGGCCCAGGAGCACUCGGGGCCCAGGAGCAGCGGGACAAGAACAGGGAAGUAGGCCCUCUUCACUAGGAAGCAAACAAGACAAAAUGGUGGUGGUGGUGGGGGGGUGGCUACAGUGUGCACUAAUGAAUAUGACCCUGAACUGACUGGACAGAGGAAUGGAGCCUGUGGAUAGCUGGACCUGGGACUUCAACCGUUCUCUUUCUACAUUGUUCCUAUGAAGUUCUCCCCCUGAAGCUGCUACAGUACAGAGCUCCACCCGUCUGAGGUUACUACAACAAGGAAGUCCGCCCCUUUAGAGGUUUCCGCCCUGCCCCAGUAGGUCAGGGUUCAUCUCUUGUUAUGAUUGACCUCCUUAUUGCCGUCUCCUCCUCACCCAAACGUAUGUCGUCGUCUCCCCGUUUUUAUAUCAGCCACAUGUCCAGAUGCUGCUCACAUCAUGUGGUUACGCAGGUCCCCCUCCCUUCGUGAUGAUUCGUCUCCCCGUUUUUACAUCAGCCACAUGUCCAGAUGCUGCUCACAUCGUGUGGUUACGCAGGUCCCCCUCCCUUCGUGAUGAUUCGGGACCAAUGACUAUGUGAACGAUCCAAUGAAGAAAGAAAAUGUUUCUCCAGCUGGAGAGAGAGAUGUUUACACUAAAGUUACUUACAGAAAAAUGUCAUCUGAGAACUGGGGUCGUGUUCAUUAGGCAACAAAUGGAAGAACAGACUGCAACAUGGGGAGGGACGUUUUUCCAAAAGGUUUUGCUACAGUGUGCCCCACUGAACACAUCCCUGGGUUGUUGUAUGGAAUCUGUUCUUUUUUUUUAAUAAAGACUGAAGAAGAUCGCAGGGUCUUAAAGACCUGUUUUAUUGUUUGAAUGUCCAUAAGUGACUAUAAGAUUUACAGACUUUUCCCUCACAGGAACAGCACCUGUUUAUAUUGCGCCUUGUAAAAUGAUUGCUACGAUGUCACUUUUUUUUUUUUCUUAAGUUGGGGGAGAGAAGGACUGGCAGCUUUACCUUUUUUUAAAUAAAUGUAUGUUUCAGGAUAAAAACAUUUAUGGAGCAGAAUUGAUCAUUGUAUGUUUCAGGAUAAAAACAUUUAUGGCGCAGAAUUGAUCAUUGUAUGUUUCAGGAUAAAAACAUUUAUGGAGCAGAAUUGAUCAUUGUAUGUUUCAGGAUAAAAACAUUUAUGGAGCAGAAUUGAUCAUUGUAUGUUUCAGGAUAAAAACAUUUAUGGAGCAGAAUUGAUCAUUGUAUGUUUCAGGAUAAAAACAUUUAUGGAGCAGAAUUGAUCAUUGUAUGUUUCAGGAUAAAAACAUUUAUGGAGCAGAAUUGAUCAUUGUAUGUUUCAGGAUAAAAACAUUUAUGGCGCAGAAUUGAUCAUUGUAUGUAAUUGUAUUUCUUUGUAAGCAUUUG